AUGACGACUGUGGUGCCAACAUCCGAAGAAGACGCUGCAUUCUCCGUUCGAUUCGCCUCUGAACUUGCCUGGGAUGAUGCAGGUCCCAAGACGUCACAAAUGUCAACUCUAAGGAACAGCACAGAGAGCGGAGCAACGAGGAAACGAAUGAAACCUGAGGUGGAAGAAAAGGUGGGAGGUAAAGCAAAAUCAAAGACUAUAGAAGAGGAAGAAUUUGAGGCGAACAUUGCUGGAUCUGAAGAAAUGGAACUCAGUAUCUCUCUUAUUCUUGAGAAGAUUGAGGAUUAUACUCAGAGGGUAUCUGAGCUCCUAGAAUCAGGGAAAACAAUGUUAAAGGAUCUAAGCGAUGAAUUUGAAAGGAAAAUUAUUAUGAUUCACAAGGAUCAAGUUGAAAAAUGGCAGGAAGAAAUACGAGAAUUACGUGCACUUGAUGCUUCAAACGAGGAAGUCAAUUCUCUUCUGCAUAAUGCUCGAUACCUUCUUCAGCCCACUCGUGAUAAUUAG